AAAAGAGACCAUAAUUACUCUCUUCUCUUUUUUUUUUCUUUUUCUUCAAAAAAGGGAAAAAAAUGACAGAAAGUGAAAAAGCUAAUAAUGAAACAAAUAUGCUAAGCAAGAGUUAUUUUGAUGUUCUUGGAAUUUGUUGUACAUCAGAAGUUGUUUUGGUUGAGAAAAUUCUCAAGAAUCUUGAAGGAGUUAAGGAGGUUUCAGUAAUUGUCACAACCAAAACUGUCAUUGUUAUUCAUGAUUCUAUCAUCAUUUCUCAGCUACAAAUUGUUAAAGCAUUGAAUCAAGCAAGAUUAGAAGCAAGUAUAAGAGUGAAUGGAUUGAAAAACUACCAAAAGAAAUGGCCAAGUCCAUUUGCAAUUGGUAGUGGAAUUUUGCUUGCUCUCUCAUUUUUGAAGUAUUUUUUCCUACCUCUCCAAUGGUUAGCACUUGUUUCUGUUGCUGUUGGAAUUCCCCCUAUUAUUUUUAGGGGUGUAGCUGCAGUCCGCAACCUCACACUUGACAUCAACAUUCUUGUAUUAAUCGCAGUUGCUGGAUCAAUUGUUUUACAUGAUUAUUGGGAAGCUGCUACUAUUGUAUUCUUAUUUACUAUUGCAGAAUGGCUAGAGUCAAGGGCAAGUCACAAGGCUGCUGCUGUUAUGUCAUCACUGGUCAAUAUAGUCCCUCCUACAGCAGUUUUAGCUGAAAACGGAGAAGUAGUAAAUGUCGAUCAAGUCAAGUUGAAUAGCAUUCUUGCUGUCAAAGCUGGUGAAACUAUACCGAUUGAUGGAAUUGUAGUGGAAGGGGAAUGUGAUGUGGACGAGAAAACUUUAACAGGCGAGUCAUUUCCAGUUUCUAAGCAAAAAGAUACGACAGUCUGGGCUGGUACUACAAAUCUAAAUGGUUAUAUCAGUGUUAAGACUACAGCUCUGGCUGAAGAUUGUGCGGUGGCUAGGAUGGCGAAGCUUGUAGAAGAUGCUCAGAACAAGAAGUCAAAAACUCAAAGAUACAUUGACAAGUGUGCUAAAUAUUACACACCAGCAAUUGUGGUUAUAGCUGCUUGUUUGGCUAUAGUUCCUACUGCAUUAAGGGUUCACAACCGAAAAGAAUGGUAUCGCUUGGCUUUGGUCGCGCUGGUGAGUGCAUGUCCAUGUGCACUUGUGCUAUCUACACCAGUUGCCAUGUGUUGUGCACUUUCAAAGGCAGCAACAUCAGGUCUUCUGUUCAAAGGAGCAGAGUACCUUGAGACUCUUGCUAAAAUCAAAAUCAUGGCUUUUGACAAAACUGGUACAAUAACUCGAGGAGAGUUUGUGGUGACCGAGUUCAGGUCUCUCAUUGAUGGCCUUAGCCUCAAUACACUUCUUUACUGGGUUUCAAGUAUUGAGAGCAAGUCAGGUCAUCCGAUGGCAGCUGCUCUGGUUGACUAUGCACAAUCAAAUUCGGUCGAGCCAAAGCCUGAUAGAGUGGAGCAAUUUCAAAAUUUUACUGGUGAGGGAAUAUAUGGAAGAAUUGAUGGAAUGGAAAUCUAUGUAGGGAAUAAAAAAAUUUCUUCAAGAGCUGGAUGUACUACAGUGCCAGAAAUAGAGGGUGACAGUAUACAAGGAAAGUCUGUCGGAUACAUAUUUUUGGGAUCCUCUCCAGCUGGACUAUUCAGUCUUUCUGAUGUUUGUCGAACUGGUGUAAGAGAUGCAAUGAGAGAACUGAAGCAGAUGGGUAUCAAAACUGUGAUGCUCACAGGUGAUUGUUAUGCAGCUGCCAACCAUGUGCAGGAUCAGUUAGGUGGAGCUUUGGAUGAAUUUCAGGCAGAACUCUUACCAGAGGACAAGGCGACAAUCAUUAAGGGUUUUCAGAAGGAAGCUCCAACAGCAAUGAUAGGCGAUGGACUUAAUGAUGCUCCUGCAUUAGCAACAGCUGACAUUGGCAUCUCAAUGGGCAUCUCCGGGUCAGCUCUUGCGAAAGAAACAGGACAUGUUAUCCUUAUGACAAAUGACAUUGGAAGGAUACCGAAAGCUGCACGUCUUGCUAGAAGAGUUCGAAGGAAAAUAAUUGAGAAUAUGAUACUAGCAAUCGGUACAAAGGGUGCCAUAGUUGCAUUGGCAAUAGCAGGUUAUCCGUUGGUUUGGGCUGCUGUCCUCGCAGAUGCUGGGACAUGCUUGCUAGUGAUUUUGAACAGCAUGCUACUUCUACGAGGAGCUACAUGUAGACAUGAGAAAAAAUGUUGUAAAUCUACUACUUCUUCGCAUGCUCACCACCACAAAAACAAAGCUUCUUGUUGCAAGUCAGAAAAGGCUCCUCAACUAUGUUGCUCUGAUAUUGAGUCACAAAAAGAAUGUAGAAAGCAAUCAUGCUCAUCCGAGGUGUGUGUUCAAAGACGUCAACCUUUCCCUUCAGGAUCAACAUCAUGCGGAAAUAAUCAGUGCUCAGACUCCAAUAAAAAUAAUGCUCUUCAUUCUCAUUCGCAUCCUCAAUGCUGCUCAUCCAAGAUGUCUGUUACAGCAUGCCAAUCUGCAGUUUCAGAAUCAAAGUCAUGUGGAAGUAGCAAUUGCUCAGACUCCAUUCACAUGAGUAGUUGUCAUUCUUCGACAAACUCCUUAAUACAUUACUCAGAUAUGUCUGCUCCACGAUGUCAAUCUGCCACUUCAAGCUCCAAGUCAUGUGGAAGUACCAAGUGCUCCACCAAUAAGUCUGCUCAUGGAUGCCAAUCUGAACUUUCUGGUCCUAAAUCAUGUGUAAAUAGCAAGUGUUCUGACUCGAUAGACAAUAAUAUCCAUCAUUCACAUUCUGAUCAUCAAACAUGCAUGUCCAAGGUGUGUGCUCCACAAAGUUCAUCUGCAACUUCAAGCUCAAGGACAUGUGGAAAUACUAAGUGCUCGGACACCACUAGCAAAAAUUCUUGUCAUUCACAUGCUAACUCUGAAUUAUGCUCUUCAAAGAUGUCUGGUCCAGCAUGCCAAAAUGCUAAUUCAGGUUCGAGGUCAUGCAGAAAUAAUAAGUGCCUAGACUCUUCAACCGAGCACGGUGUUCAUUCACUUACUGAUCCACUAUCUGAGGAAAAGAUUUUGGAGCAGGAAAGCUUGGAUUUGGUCCGAAAAGAUUUGGAAUCAAAUCAUGAUCUUAGUCAUGGCUGCUAUGACGGGGAACAUGAUCAUCAUCCAAAUAUAACUGACAUAUCAGAAACUGAAAUCCAGGAGACUUCUCAUUGCGAUAGCACCAAUCAAACAUCUCAAACUGUAAUUUCAGGUUCAAUGACCUGUGGAAAUUAUAAGAGCCUGGACUCUGUAGAGAUCCACGGGUGUCAUUCACAUGCUCAUCCACCCCACAAGGAGAAGGACUUGGAGGAACCACAUCAUUCCGUUGGCCAUGGCUGUUCGGACAAGGAACAUGGUCACUCACAUCCAGAGAAGGCAUAUGACAGUUGUGCAACACAAGAUUGUUGUUUUUCAGUUCAGGGCCAUGGCAUUGACAUAUCCGAAAGUGGAAGUCAAGGAACUGCUCAUUGUGACAGCAUUAUUAAACAAAACAUGGUCAUCCCCAGUAGCUGCAAACAUACACCACAAGAUCAGGUAAGUCACUGUGGAUUUCACUCUAGAACUAUCCCUACUGAAGAAGCACUAGCCAAGCUGGUUAGAAGAUGUUGCAAGUACAGACCAUGCCACGACGUCCGUUCUGGAUGCAGAAAGCAUGAUGCAGAAUGUGGUCCAACUACCCGAUCAACCAUCAAUAUCUUACGGGACAACCAUCAUCAUCAUCAUCAUCAUCAUCUAGACUGCAGUGGUCGUAAGGUUUGUUCGCCAUUGGAGAAGAGACACAUUGGUGGAUGCUGUGAGAGCUUCAGAAAAGAAUGUUGCCCCAAGAGCAAUCAUUUUGCAUCAAGUUUUGGAGGAGGUUUAUCAGAAAUUGUUUUAGAGUAAGAUUCAAUCUGAAAUGUAAAUAUGUUGCACCUGUUCUACCUAUUUUAUCUUCAAGAAGCUGAGCUGCUAUUUUGUAUGAACAUAGCUAUUACAAUGGCUUUUAUAUUAAUCCUAAAACUGGUUUGUGUA